UUUCGCAUGGAUAUGUAUGUUUGUUUUUUUUUUUUUUAACAACAUGAGGGGUACAAGAAAGCAAAACGCGGAUUUUUGAUUUAAUAAAGGAUCUAUUUUGAUGCCGCCAGAUCAUCUGGAAAAAUGCUACCCUGGAUACAUAUCAAUCAGGUACUGAUCGUAAUUGUCUUUACUGGGUACGCCAUAAUAGUCAGCGGAGAGGUUCGUUAUACUAUUCGAGAGGAAGAAACGAGGGGGACAUUCAUCGGUAAUAUUGCAAAAGACCUGGGAAUAGACAAUCAGAGACUAAAAAGUGGCAGAGCUCAUAUUUAUAGUGAUGGGGAUAAGGAAUACGUUGAGCUAAAUAUGAACAAAGGGAUUUUAGUUGUUAAAGACAGAAUUGACAGAGAGCAAAUCUGCGGAAGACUUAAUGCAUGCUCAUUACAGUUUCAAUUUGUCCUUGAAAAACCCAUGGAAUUUCACAGAGUUGUUAUUGACAUUAUCGAUGUAAAUGAUAACAGUCCCACUUUUACUAAAAAUUAUAUUCAGUUAGAAAUAAUGGAGUCAUCUCUGCCAGGAGCUCUGUUUACAUUGCCAAAUGCUGUAGACAACGAUGUUGGAAUAAACGGCUUAAAAACGUACACACUCACAGAAAAUGAUCAUUUUAAAUUAAAAAUCCAGACGCAGUCGGACGGCAGAUCUUCAGUGGAUUUGUUGCUGGAUGUGCCUUUGGACAGAGAAAAGCAAGAAGAAUACGUUUUAAUUUUAACUGCGGUUGAUGGAGGGGAAUCCCCGCGUUCUGGCACAGCUGAAAUUAAUAUUAUUGUUCUCGAUGCCAAUGACAAUGCCCCCGUUUUUAGUCAAAUGGUUUAUAAGGCUGCUGCCAGGGAGGAUGCUGCUACGGGGUCUCUGCUGAUCAGAGUAAACGCCACUGAUGCAGAUAAAGACUCGAAUGGACAAAUUACAUACUUAUUCGCUCAUAUAACCGAUAGCGCGAAAGAAUUAUUUGAAAUUAAUGAGAAAUCAGGUGAAAUCAAGGUUAUUGGUAAAUUAGAUUAUGAAAUUGAAAAAAUGUAUGAAAUGAGGGUGGAGGCUAAAGAUGCUGGUGGUUUUUUAAGUUCAAGUAAAGUGAUAAUUGAAGUAAUUGACGUAAAUGACAACACGCCGUUUAUAAAUCUCAUGUCGGUCUCAAGUGAAAUCGCCGAAGAUUCAUUACCAGGGACAGUGAUAGGUAUGAUCAGAGUUCAAGACAAAGAUUCUGGUAGAAAUGGAAAAGUCGAUUGUUUCAUUAAUAACAAUAUUCCGUUUAAACUGAAAUUAUCAUUAAAUAAUUUUUAUACACUGGAAACAGAUGGGUUUCUGGAUCGAGAACAAGUUUCUCUAUUUAAUAUUACAUUUGUGGCCAAAGACGAAGGAGAGCCUUCACUUUCAGCCACUCAGACAAUCACACUGCAGAUUAGAGAUGUAAACGACAAUGCUCCGAAGUUUGAAAGACAGCAUUAUACAAUACAUAUUACUGAGAACAAUUCCCCUGGGUCGUCGUUUUUUUCGGUGACAGCCAAAGAUGACGAUGCAGGCGUCAACAGUAAAAUUUCAUUCUUCGUUGAGGACACUAGAAUUAAUAACAUUUCAGUUUCUUCAUUUGUGUCCAUUAAUUCAGAUGAAGGUGUCCUUUAUGCUGUGCGAUCAUUCGAUUACGAGCAGCUGAAUCAUUUCCAAGUGUCAGUGACCGCUAAAGACAGGGGGUCUCCACCUCUCAGUUCCAGUGUAAUAAUAGAUGUGUUUGUUCAGGACCAGAACGACAAUUCACCAGAGAUUUUAUAUCCUCUUCAGAGUAAAGCCUCUCCAGUAGCUGAAUACGUUCCUCGGUCUGCUGAUAUUGGCUACCUCGUUACAAAAGUUGUGGCUGUCGACAAGGACUCUGGACAGAAUUCCUGGCUUGCCUAUAAACUGUCAAGAUCCACCGACCAGACGCUUUUUGAAGUGGGUUUACAUAACGGAGAAGUUAGAACACUGAGACCGAUUACAGAGAAAGAUUAUACAAAGCAGAAAUUAAUUAUUUUGGUUGAAGACAGCGGGCAGCCUUCUCACUCAGCAAUUAUUAAUGUAAAUGUUGCCAUCACUGAUAAUUUCGCAAUGGCGAUUACGGAAUUCAACGAUUUUAUGCAAGAUGGAAGCAGCGAGGGUGAAGUAAGAUUUUACUUGGUACUCUCUUUAGUCAUUAUCUCGUUUCUUUUCAUUGUUUUCAUUAUUAUUCUAAUAUCUUUAAAAUUUCACAAAUGGAGACGUUCGAAACUAUUUAGUGAAAGCUCCAACGGAACUUACCCCGUUAUUCCUUACUAUCCGCCUCGUUAUGCUGAAGUCGGAGCCACGGGAACUCUUUGUCACGUCUACAACUAUGAGGUCUGCCUCACAACCGAUUCUGGAAAAAGUGAAUUUGAAUUUAUCAAACCUAUGCUUCAGAGCCCCGUGGAAGUGGAGUCUAACGGAACAGAAGCAACACAAUGCGUCACUACUGGUUUAAUUGCUGACGAAGGUCUUAUGCAGAAAGGAUUCUCAUGUCGUCGGAAGACAAAAAUGCUUCCCUGGAUAUAUAUCAAGCAGGUACCGAUCGUGAUUUUAUUUACUAUGUACGCCUCUAUGACAAAUGGAGAGGUCCGUUAUUCUGUUCGAGAAGAAGAAAUGAGGGGUACUUUCAUUGGUAAUAUUGCGAAAGAUUUGGGAUUAGAAAACCAGAGACUAAAAUCUGGCAGAGCUCAUAUUUAUACCGAAGGUGGCACCGAAUACGUAGAGCUGAAUGUAAAUAAAGGGAUUUUGAUUGUUAAAGACAGAAUUGAUAGAGAGCAGAUCUGCGGUAAAAUAACACCCUGCUUGUUACAUUUUCAGAUUGUCCUGGAAAAACCUAUGGAAUUUCAUAGAGUGACUAUUGAGGUUGUUGAUAUAAACGAUAAUAACCCCACAUUCACGAAAAAAAUUGUUCAGUUAAAAAUUAUUGAGUCAUCUCUUCCAGGAGCACUGUUUUCCCUACCGAAUGCUGUAGACAGCGAUAUAGGUGAAAACGCGCUAAAAUCAUAUAUGCUCACACCAAAUGACCGGUUUAAAUUAAAAAUACAGUCUCAAUCGGACGGCAGUAGUUCCGUGGAUUUGUUGCUAGAUAUGCCUUUGGACAGAGAAAAGCAAGAAGAGCAUGUUUUGCUUUUAACGGCGGUCGAUGGAGGGGAGCCUCAGCGUUCCGGCACAAUUGAGAUAGACAUUAUUGUCCUCGAUGCCAAUGACAAUCCUCCCGUUUUUACUCAAAGGGUUUAUAAAGCUGCUGUCAGGGAGGACUCUUUGGUUGGGACUGUGUUGAUUACGGUAAACGCCACUGACGCAGACAAAGACAUAAAUGGACAAAUUAAUUAUUUUUUUGCCCAUGUUACAGACAAUUCGAAAGAUUUAUUUGAAAUCAAUCCUGAUUCGGGAGAAAUCAAACUCAUUGGCCAAUUAGAUUAUGAAAGUAAUAAAAUGUAUGAAAUGAAAGUAGAAGCAAAAGACACAGGGGAUCUGUUAGGUUCCAGUAAAGUGAUAAUUGAAGUGACUGAUGUAAAUGACAAUGUGCCAUUUAUUAAUCUGAUGUCGGUUUCAAGUCAAAUCGGAGAAGAUUCGUUACCUGGGACAGUAAUAGCAAUGAUUAACGUGCAAGAUAAGGAUUCAGGAAGAAAUGGUAAAGUCAGUUGUAAGGUUAGUAAUAGCAUUCCGUUUAAAUUAAAAUCAUCAAUAAAUAAUUUUUUUACUUUAGAAACAGAAGGAUAUUUAGAUCGCGAAAAAGUGUCGCAGUAUAAUAUUACUAUUGUGGCAAAAGACGAAGGAGAGCCUUCACUCUCAGCCACACACACAAUCACACUGCAGAUUAUUGAUGUCAACGAUAAUGCACCGAAAUUCGAAAAUCAGCGAUAUAUAACAUACAUCAUGGAAAAUAAUUCUCCGGGGUCUUCCUUUUUUACGGUAAGAGCGAACGAUGAAGACUCGGGUCUCAACAGUAAAAUAUCUUACUUUAUUGAAGAAUCAAAAAUUAACAACAUCUCGGUUUCUUCAUUCGUGUCUGUUAAUUCAGAUGAAGGUGUCCUCUAUGCAGUACGUUCAUUCGAUUAUGAGCAGCUGAGUCAUUUUCAAGUCUCAGUGACAGCUAAAGACAGAGGGUCUCCACCUCUCAGUUCUAGUGUAAUAAUAGAGGUGUAUGUUCAGGAUCAAAAUGACAAUUCUCCAGAUAUCUUAUACCCAAUUCUAAAUAAAGGAUCUCCGAUAGCUGAAUUUAUUCCUCGCUCUGCUGAUAUUGGCUAUUUGGUUACUAAAGUUGUGGCUGUUGACAAGGAUUCUGGACAGAAUGCGUGGCUUUCUUAUAAACUUAUCAAAUCAACUGAUCAGACGCUUUUUGAAUUGGGCGUGCAUAAUGGAGAAGUAAGAACCCUUAGACAAAUUAUGGACAAGGAUUCUACAAAGCAAAGACUUACUAUUUCAGUAGAGGACAGCGGACAGCCUUCCCACUCGGCAUCUGUGAAUAUCUACGUUGCCAUCACUGAUAAUUUUGCAAUGGCUUUAACAGAACUUAACGAUUUUACAUACGAGAAAAACAACGACGCCAAUAUAAGGUUUUAUUUGGUACUCUCCUUAGUAAUAGUCUCUUUUAUUUUUAUGACGUUCAUCAUAAUUUUAAUAGCUUUAAAGUUCCACAAGUGGAAGCGCUCGAAAUAUUUCAGUGAUAACUCCAACGGAACUCUCCCCGUUAUUCCUUAUUACCCGCCCCGUUAUGCAGAAGUCGGAGCCACUGGAACUCUUUGUCACGUGUACAACUAUGAAGUCUGCCUCACAACGGAUUCUGGAAAAAGUGAAUUUAAAUAUGUAAAGCCUAUGCUACAGACUCCUGUGGAUAUUGAUUCGAUUGGAGCCAAAACUAAAAGUCCAAGCUCAAGUGAUUUAAUUGCUGAUGAAGAUCUUACGCAGUCUGUUAAUGCAGAGGUCCGGUAUUCUAUUCCGGAGGAAAAAACGAGAGGUGCAUUCAUAGGUGACAUUGCUAAAGAUUUAGGAAUAAAUGACCAGAGACUGAAAACUGGAAGGGCUCAUAUUUAUACUGAUGGGGACACCGAUUACGUAGAGCUAAAUGUAAUGAAAGGGAUUUUAGUUGUUAAAGAGAGAAUCGAUAGAGAGCAGAUCUGCGGUGGAAUAAGUCCUUGUUUAUUACAAUUUCAGAUUGUCCUCGAAAAUCCGAUGGAAUUUCAUAGAAUUACUAUUGAUGUUGUUGACAUAAACGAUAAUACCCCGACUUUUGUCAAAAAAAAUAUUCGUCUAGAAAUCAGUGAGUCGUCGCUUCCCGGAGCAUUGUUUUCUCUGCCCAGUGCUGCAGAUAGCGACAUUGGUGUAAAUUCACUGAAAUCAUACACGCUCACAAAAAAUGACCAUUUUAAUAUAAAGACAGAGACGCAAUCUGAUGGCAGCAGCUCAGUGAAUUUAAUAUUAGAAACGUCUUUGGAUAGAGAAAAACAAGAAGAGCUUGUGCUCUUUUUAACAGCGUUUGAUGGAGGGGAGCCUCAGCGGUCUGGCACAAUUGAAAUUAGAAUUAUUGUGCUCGAUGCCAAUGACAACCCCCCCGUUUUCACUCAAAGGGUGUAUAAAGCUGCUCUUCCGGAGGAUUCUUUAGUAGGGUCUGUGGUGAUCAAAGUAAAUGCCACGGAUGCAGACAAAGAUACCAAUGGACACAUCAGAUAUUUAUUAUCUCACUUAACGGAUAAUGCCCAGAAUAUAUUUGAAAUAAAUUCCGAAUCCGGGGAAAUCAAACUUAUUGGACAAAUAGAUUAUGAAAAUAAGAAAAUGUAUGAAAUCACAGUAGAAGCUAAAGACAUCGGUGGUCUCGUAAGUUCUAGUAAAGUAGUCAUUGAAAUAAUUGAUGUAAAUGACAACGUGCCGUAUAUUAAUCUCAUGUCAGUUUCAAAUCAAAUUUCUGAGGACUCUUUUCCCGGGACCACUAUAGCAAUGAUUAAAGUGCAAGACAAAGACUCUGGAAGGAAUGGCAAAGUCAGUUGUUCUGUUAAUAAUAAUAUUCCAUUUAAAUUAUCAUCGUCUUUAAAUAAUUUUUAUACAUUACAAACGGAUGGGUUUCUAGAUCGUGAAAAGGUGUCGCAGUAUAAUAUUACAAUUCUAGCCAAAGACGAAGGGGAGCCUUCACUUUCGACUACUCAGACAAUCACGCUGCAGAUUAGUGAUGUCAACGAUAAUGCCCCAAAAUUCAAAAACCAGCAUUAUAAAACAUACAUCAUGGAAAAUAACACUCCAGGGUCUUCGAUUUUUUCGGUGAGUGCCAAAGAUGACGACUUCGGCCUCAACAGUAGAAUCUCUUAUUUGCUUGCAGAAACAGGAAUUAAUAAUAUCUCGGUUUCAUCAUUCGUGUCUGUUAAUACAGAUGAAGGUGUCCUCUAUGCUGUUCGUUCGUUCGAUUAUGAGCAGAUGAGUCAUUUUCAAAUCACAGUGACAGCUAAAGAUAGAGGGUCUCCGCCUCUCAGUUCUAGUGUAAUAAUAGAUGUGUAUAUCCAGGAUCAGAAUGACAAUCAUCCAGAAAUUUUAUACCCAGUUGUCAAUAAAGGAUCUCUGGUAGCAGAAUUCGUACCACGUUCUGCAGAUGUCGGCUAUCUGGUUACUAAAGUUGUGGCCGUUGACAAGGACUCUGGACAGAAUGCUUGGCUUUCCUUUAAACUUAUAAAAUUUACAGACCAAACACUUUUUGAAGUUGGUCUACAUAACGGAGAAGUGAGAACCCUGCGGCAAAUUAUGGAGAAAGAUUCCACAAAGCAAAGAAUAACUGUUUUAAUAGAGGACAGCGGACAACCUUCUCAUUCUGCGACGGCGAAUCUCAACGUUGCCAUUACUGAUAGUUUUGCAAUGGCUUUUACAGAAUUCAGCGACUUGGCGAGCGAGAACAGUAGCGAUGGCGACAUCAGGUUUUAUUUAGUGCUCGCCUUAGUGAUAGUCUCGUUAAUUUUUAUUGUUUUUAUUAUUGUUCUAAUAUCACUUAAAUUAAACAAAUGGAGACGUUCUAAACUUUUCAAUGAAUGCUCCAACGGGACUCUCCCUGUUAUUCCUUAUUACCCGCCCCGUUACGCAGAAGUCGGAGCCACGGGAACUCUUUGUCACGUCUACAACUAUGAGGUCUGCCUUACGACAGAUUCUGGAAAAAGUGAAUUUAAAUAUGCAAAACCUGUGCUACAAAGUCCUGUGGAAGUGGAUUCUACUGGAACAAGAACAACACAACGCGUUACUGGUGACUUAAUUGCUGACGAAGAUCUUAUGCAGAUGUUAGAUUUCAUGGGACGUCUGAAGCUUGAAAUACCCCUUAUGAGAAGAACCUGGGAGCUAUGCUUAAGUUGUCACUAUCGAUUUCCGGAUGGUGUGAAGAAAUAA